AGGUUAAAGUUUGGUUGCAGCUGCAGCUGUCAAACACGAAAUAUUUACUAUUAGAAAAAUGUUUGUUUUGGAUAAAUUACGAUAUUUCGAUGCAUACCCGAAAGUCCUUGAGGAUUUUGACAGUUUUCGAGUCAAAACUUCUGGUGGAGCGAUCGUUACUAUUGUAAGCACGAUUAUUAUGGUUCUGCUCUUCAUUUCUGAGCUCAAUGACUUCCUCACACCUGGAGUAAAUGAAGAAUUAUUUGUGGAUACCUCUAAAGGAUCUAAUCUAAGAAUUAAUUUAGAUAUUAUUAUACCUAGGAUAUCCUGUGAUUUGUUAUCUUUAGAUGCCAUGGACACAACUGGGGAACAGCAUUUACAUAUAGAGCAUAAUAUUUUUAAGAGGCGAUUAGACUUAAACGGCAGACCAAUUGAAGAUCCAAAAAAAACAGAUAUUAUGGAUCCUAGGAAGUCAACCGAAAAGUCAGUGCAGAACGCGACGGAAGAUGAAUGUGGAGAUUGUUACGGAGCAGCUGACGAAUCAAUGGGCAUCAUAUGUUGCAACACCUGUGAAGAAAUCAAAGAAGCGUACAAACUGAGAAAAUGGGCGAUAAGGGAUCCCGCAGAAUUCAAGCAAUGCCAGAACGACAGGUCAGUGGAAGCAAUGAAACACGCUUUCACUGAAGGAUGUCAAAUUUACGGUAAAAUGGAAGUCAAUAGAGUUGGUGGUAGUUUCCACAUUGCGCCAGGCGAGAGUUUUUCCAUAAAUCAUGUACACGUGCACGAUGUUCAACCAUAUUCUUCUUCGCAAUUUAACUUGACGCACAUAAUACGUCAUUUAAGUUUCGGAGUAAACAUACCAGGGAAAACAAACCAUAUGGACAACACCACGAUUAUAGCUACAGAAGGAGCAAUGAUGUUUCACUACUACAUCAAAAUCAUCCCAACCACUUUCGUUCGUCAAGACGGUUCCACGCUUUCCACAAAUCAGUUUUCAGUAACGAGACAUUCUCGACAUAUAUCCCCGAUGAGUGGAGAUUCAGGAAUGCCAGGAAUAUUUUUUAACUACGAAUUGAGCCCAUUGAUGGUGAGGUACACAGAAAAGGCAAAGUCGUUUGGCCACUUUGCAACAAAUCUUUGUGCAAUUAUCGGUGGAGUUUUCACAGUUGCUGGACUUAUUGAUACCUUCCUCUACCACUCCAUCAGAGCGAUAGAAAAGAAAGUUGAAUUAGGAAAAUUUAGCUAAAAUUGAAACUGUCAAUGUGGUGACGAAUUCAAUAAUGAAUAAAUCUUGUAUUCAAGAUUUAAACCAGGAUUUACUGCAUAAUCCAACGUGAUCAGUGCUCAGAUUCCGAACAUUCGAAUCGCAGUCUAGUUUUAUUUAAAGAGUGCUCUUUGUAAUUAUGAAAGUAUUACAUAAACUAUUUAUAUAAUUAUUUGAAUAUCUGCGAUUGAUGCAGGUGAUAUAUUGUACAAUAUGAAACGCGAAAUAAUUUUAUUUAAAUC